GUCAAGCAAACAGCCAAGUGUUCUAAAGUUGCAAUUUUCACAAUUUUGGUUUUCCAUCCUUCCGCUUCCAUCUAUCUCGAGUUUUGUCCAUUCCUGUCUACCUCAUUGCCUUUUUGCAUUGAAAAAGAAUAUUCAAAAGCGACCUCAACUGCGACGCAUACCUCGACCAGUCUGCGCAUUCAUCUCAGUGGACACUAGAACGUUGUGGUCAAGCUUGCCUUCUCGCCAACAAUACAGUACAGGGUCUCUUGCUGACAAGCGUAUGCCAACAUUUGGCCGUAGCUAGACCUUCCGACGACCAUAACGACCCUAAAAGCUUCAAAACCAGAGGAAUAAGCUUGUGUGCAGUUAGUUGCUAUUUUUAGCCUGGAAACCUCCGAGGUCGUUGGUGGUUCCCACUUUAUGAAUACCAAAUACGAACGUUUGAAUCGCAUGCGGUAGCUCAAAUUGUCGUCAGAAGGACUGCCACCGGGAAAGGGACAUUGGGGUGUGGAGGGCUACACAGAAAAAGCGAGAAAAUUACUGAAGUUUAGCAAAAACCUACUCUCUUUGCAAUCAUUUUCACACAACCGGCUACAUUCAUUUCUGGAACAUCAAGUACUUCCAUAGGAACAACACACUAUGAUGACCGAUGGAUCGUUUUCUAUGGAAUCAGAACGGAGUGCUUCCCACAUGCGUGCUGAUAAACGCCCGGGGGUGCUUGACCCGCUCAAAAUGAGAUCCACAAAACAUCGCACGAGUUACUCUUCUGCAUCCUCAUCCUCAUCGACGACCUCCUCUGUCGAGCAUCACCUUCACGAAUCAGCGGAAACAGACGCGGGUGGAGAGUGUGACUUUGGUGAAUCAAUGUUACCGUCAUGCAUAUCUCCUGCGCUGUAUCCAGCUGAGCACUACACAUCGCUAACCACAUUAAAUCGCUCUCUUACCCAAUCCGUUCUCCGAUUUGACCAACUCACAACAUCAUACAUCAACCUUCGAAACCAGUUGCGGAACAUCCUGGACAGUGUCGAAGAGCAGGAACGACAAUAUGAAGCUUAUAUUGAAGAAAUAGGGCAGCUGCGCUUUGAACGCAAGUUUUUGAGGGAAGUGGUUGAGCUGUCUUCGUUCAGGGAGCGUAAGCAGUCGAAUGCAUCGGACAAAAGUAUAAACAGCACCGGGGCAAACAAGCGAUGGAGCUCACCCAUGAACACAGAUAAUGGUGAUGGCUGGGGAAAAAACGCACGACGAUGGACGGUGGGAGGCGCACAUUCAUUAGGAGCAUGUGGUGCUUUCCACAGUUUGCCAACUAGCCCGCGUCUCUCAAUAACAAGUUCAACCUUCCUCCCGCACGUUGACGACGAGAAUCGCGUAACGGUAGAUGACCUAGCGUCGCGGAAAAUUCAACGGGAAGCCUUUGCUGCCAUGCUUCAAACUAUACGUGAAACGUUUCUGGUGGGCGCGGGAUUCGCUUCGACCAUUGGGCCAUUUCAAGGCUUGGAAGUGGACUCUGAUGAGACGGAUCGCUCCAGCUGUCGUUCCCCUUGCUCUUCCCCCGGCACCCCCGUCACUCUCCUCAACCCUAGUGUUCCGUCGUCACCAAGCCACAUCCGCCCCACCCCACUCCCUUCGUACCCUUCCAACGAAAAACAUGUAGAAACCAUACACGCACGAAUAUCUCAUCUCACAAACCUUAUUGGACAGCUCGCACCUUCUGUUGAAGCCCUUCGCGAAAGUCUUGAGGACGUCAUUGCAGGCCCCGCAUUGGCGUAUCGUGCGUGGGUCCGUGAAGCAGAGAUUGAACGGGAAAUGCUUCGAGUCGAAUGUGAGGGUUUGCGAGAAGCUCGAGAGGGCUCUAAAAAAGUUGUGGAUAUGAGAGGAGUGAGUGAAGCAUCAGUUGGCCUGAUUUCGUCUGCGCUAGAGUCCUUGUGGGUUGAGCAAGGUGAUGAUGAUCACGAAGAAUGGGAAUCAGAAUCGGUGUACUGGUCGUGUGAUGAGGGUGACGAUGAACGGUAAAUCUCCCCACAAAUGGGGGCCACCUCUAUGUAACUUUUGUUUUUGGUAUCUCUUUCAUAGUCUGCAUCUCCAUAGGGGAUGUGCGCUUUUUACUUUUAUCUAUGAUUGUCACAUUGUCUUGUCAAAACGUGCAAUUAAAAUAAAUAGUCCGGUGUCGAGAGGUGGCAGAACGUUCAUCUCGAAUGUUUUACCAUAAAAAUUGGU